AUGGAACCAAUUUGUCCCACGUGGGAAGACUUCCAGAGCUUCAACGGCUUUGUCAAGCACACUCCCAAGAUCCUACUGAGCUUUUUCUUCGUCAAUCCUCCUCAAGAGUGGAAAAAAUUAAUGACGAACAGCAGUGAAGCCUUGCAAAGGUUCACUUUCACACCCCGCACUGUGACAUUACAACCCAACAGAGAACACAGCGGUUUCCAAGUCAUGACUGCAAGGCAUUUGAGUCACGAAACAGUUAGUGAAUUCCGAGAAAGAUGCGCAAAGCAGUAUGACACCCCUAUUUUCAAGACUUGCCAGGAAUUUCUCGAAAACAGCCCCUGCAAAGCAGAGAUGGGAGUUGACUUACGGUUCAAGCUGUAUCCUCCCAGCCUCAAAGUGUGGAACUUGGAAUGUUUGGGUGAUCCUAUGUCCAACGCCCAAAAACAGGAAAGAAACAUCCCAGGGGUGACAUCACCGUUCUUGACCAUUGCUUCCUCUGGGGCACCCUUCGCCCUGAGGACCGAAAAACACAACCUUGGCUCAAUUUAUUACCUUCAUGAAGGAGAACCAAGAGAAUGGUAA